AUGAAUCGUGGAGGCAGCAGCAGUAAAUUCGGCAGUGGCAGCAGUUAUGGUUCAGGGGGUGGUAGUCGUGGAGGAUUCGGCAGAGGUCGUGGCUUCAGUGGUUCUCGNAGUGGUGGGGGAGGGUCGUUCGGUGGACGUUCAGAUAGUUAUGGAGGUGGUUCGAAAAAUGGUACAUCCAUGGCAGGCGGCAAUCUUCGUGCAAUCAAUUGGAGUCGCGAAAAUUUGCGACCUUUCGAAAAGUGCUUCUACUAUGAACAUGCAACUGUAGUGGCUCGUAAUCAGUUUGAAAUUGACACCUGGCUUGCGGAGAAUCAAGUAACACUGGAAGGUAAAGACAUACCACGACCUGUGUUCGAAUUCACCGAGGCGAAUUAUCCAUCACAGAUCACGGAUCUGUUGUACAACAACUUCCAGAAACCAACCACCAUUCAGUCGAUAUCGUGGCCGAUUGCGAUGAGUGGUCGAGACAUUGUGUCGAUUGCAAAAACCGGAUCAGGAAAAACACUGGCGGUGAGUUGUUUUAGUCAUGUUCCGGUCGAUUUCCAUAUUUCGUUUUAG